GGGCAUGAAUGAAUCGUAUCGUUUCGUUCCUUAUUGUUUCGGUUUAGUUUGUUUCGGAAUUUACUGGUGCAAAGGAGCGGUAGUUACUGCAGCGGAAGCGCGUGUGGAGUUGCCGAUGCCCUGGUUCGUUGUAAUUCAUUCGGUGUAACGAAGAAAAAAAAGCUCCCCUUGCGUGCAUGCAUAAGUUUUUGGUUCUAAUCAAUAUUUGGCAGACGGUCAUUUAAUUUUAAUUGUUUCCAAGCCGCGCCACCAAAAACUAGGCCUAAACAAUAGCCACCAAUUGUGCCUCUUCCCCUUCCACAACCAAACAACAAAUCGCCGAACAGCACCUGCGAAAAGACGAUGACAGGAAAGAGUGAUAGAGAAAUUCUGGCCAACUCUAUGUUUGAGGAUGACCCCAAUGGUAACUCAGCGCCCGCCACCACGGAGGAUCAAAGCUCCAAAGUGACCAACCAUCCCACGAAGUCGGCAACGGUAACCGCCACAACUGUUACGCCCCCACGCUGGGGACCCCAGAACAAAGGUGCCCAGGAGCUGGCCUCUUUGUACAGUCCAGGAAAACGUGCCCAGGAGAUCAUUUGCGUCUACACCUGUAUCUGCCUCAUGAUUAUCAACCUGGCCCUGAUUGUAAGGCACAUGCGUCUGGAUAGGAUCAGCGUGGCAUUCGUUUCUGCUCUUUGUGGAAUCAUUACAGCAGACUUUGCCUCCGGAUUGGUGCAUUGGGCGGCAGAUACGUGGGGAUCUGUGGACUUGCCAUUGAUAGGAAAGAACUUUCUCCGUCCAUUUCGGGAGCAUCACUUGGAUCCAACGUCGAUAACGCGCCAUGAUUUCAUUGAAACGAACGGAGACAACUUCAUGGUCGGCAUACCGAUCCUGGGCUAUUUGGCACACUACUUCUACAUCAGGUCGCCGAGUGAGAUUCAGCAGCAUUUUGGCUGGAUAGCUUACGUGUUUCUCUGCUCCAUAUUCGUGGCGAUGACCAACCAGAUUCACAAGUGGUCUCACACGUACUGGGGGCUGCCGAGGUGGGUGCUGUUACUCCAAAGCUGUCACAUCAUCCUGCCCCGUAAACAUCACCGCAUCCACCAUGUGGCGCCGCAUGAGACGUACUUCUGUAUUACCACCGGCUGGCUUAACUGGCCUCUGGAACGCAUAAGAUUCUGGUCAACAUUCGAGUUUCUCAUUGAGCACUUUACGGGCCUGAAGCCACGCGACGAUGACAUGAAAUGGGCAAAGAAACUCACAUAGGAUCGCUGCCCAACGACUGUAAAUAGAAACCUUGGACCAAGCAGCCUUACCUUAGCGAGAGUCAACUUCAACUGUUAUUAUUUUAUUGAAAUGUUUUGCACACUGACGUAGCUUUAAGCGAGAGCUGAUCACAUACGGUGAAAUCUAUACAAAAAUUGUUUGUUAUGGAUAGUUGAUGGUUAAUUAGGUGGGAGUGUGACUCUUGAAAUAGACACCAACCUCUUGCAAUAUCAAGCGCCUAUAUAUUACAUACAUUCAUUGAUCUCGUCCCAGAUUAAUCGUACUACGAGUGAGCCUUACGUAUACCUAAAAAAUAAGAAAUCGAACAAACUGAAUCCAGCACAAGCUUGUCGGAUAACUUUUUAAAACUUUACACAAAGCAAAUUAAACUAACUACUUGAGAUAUUAGCUUAAAUGGCAACUGAUUUUUGUACCCAAUCCGUAUAGAGAAAUUUUUAAGAAUUUUCAAUAACGCUGCUUUACAAUAGCUACAAACGAUGGAAACAAAUUUAUUUACAUAUAUUUAUAUAUACAGAGUCUAAUUAAAUAGGGGCUACAUGCAAUCAAUACCGUGACUUGACAAAUUUGCCUUAAAAACAUGUGUAUAUAUCAACAAGAUUUUGGGAAUAAGAUAAAUUUAUAAUUAAUAUAUAAUUUUUACAUAGUACGCACAAUUUUAGUGGAAUAUAUAUGUGUAAUGACAAAGGAACAAUUUACGUAUUUUUUUUAAUUUGUUAACCAAUAAAGUUUGUUACGUAGUUUACUAUCAGUUUUAGGAAAUUUUAUUAAUUUAAGACUUUUGUGGAGAGCUGAUUGCUUGUAUCAUUAGCCAGUUGUUGCACAUCAAACCUUAAAAGACAGCAAUACAAAUUGUGAUCUUAUUAAAAAAAAGUCAUACGCUAAUUUAAA